GCACACUUGCGCAUCAUAAUUGCAGUGAAGACUUCAUUCAAACCAAUUAAGCUUCAGCCAUGGCUUCCUCUCCCUUACCUCCUCUAGCUGAAACGAUCACUGGCCUUCGCUCCACCACCACCACUUCUCUCCCUUCCUUCCUUCCAAACAAGCCCCAUACACCUUCACUGCCCCGAAACCCCAAACAAUGCCUCACGGGCAGACUGCGAUGCAAAGCAACAAACGGUGGCGAUGAUCACCUUGAACAGGGUCUAUCUAGACUCGACAGGAGGAACAUGCUGAUUGGUCUAGGAGCCGGAGGUCUAUACGUCGCGACGGGUCUUGAAAACAACCCGUUUGCCUUUGCCGCACCCAUAUCCGCCCCUGACUUUACCCAAUGCGGCCCGGCUGACAAGCCCGACGGGUCCACUAUCGACUGUUGCCCACCCACCACCACAACCAUUAUUGAUUUUAAGCUGCCCAACAAGGGCCCACUCCGAACCAGGCUCGCAGCCCAAGAUGUAGCGAAAGACCCUGUCUACUUGGCAAAAUAUAAAAAGGCCAUCGCGCUCAUGCGGGCCUUACCCGAUGACGAUCCGCGCAGCUUUGCCCAACAAGCCAUGGUCCACUGCUCUUAUUGCGAUGGCGGGUACCCGCAAGUCGGGAAUUCGGAUCUGGAGAUUCAAGUCCACUUUUGCUGGCUAUUCUACCCGUUCCACCGAUGGUACCUCUACUUCUUUGAGAAGAUCAUGGGGGAGGUAAUCGGCGACCCCACAUUCGCCCUCCCCUUUUGGAAUUGGGACGCGCCAGCUGGCAUGUACAUUCCUGAGAUUUUCACCGACACCACUUCCUCCCUCUACGACCAGUACCGAAACGCAGCGCAUCAGCCUCCGAAGCUCCUGGAUCUCAAUUAUGGUGGGACCGACGAUGACGUUGACGACCCCACGCGGAUCAAGGAGAAUCUAACCACCAUGUACCAGCAGAUGGUCUCCAAAGCCACAUCUCACCGGCUCUUCUACGGGGAGCCGUACAGCGCAGGCGACGAUGCGAAUCCUGGAGCCGGAAACAUCGAGAGUAUCCCGCAUAACAAUAUUCAUUUGUGGACGGGUGAUCCGACCCAGACCAAUGGAGAGGAUAUGGGUGCCUUUUACUCGGCAGGCCGGGAUCCUCUGUUUUACGCGCACCACUCCAACGUGGACCGCAUGUGGUCCAUUUAUAAAUCCAAACUGGGCGGUACGGACAUAGAAAAAAAAGAUUGGCUGGACACGGAGUUCUUGUUCUACGACGAGAAGAAGAAUCUUGUGCGCGUGAAAGUUCGAGACUCCCUCGACACCACCAAGCUGGGGUACGUUUACGACGACAAAGUGGAGAUUCCGUGGCUGACGUAUAAGCCGACGGCCCGUAAAUCGUCGAACAAGAGAAAGGCGAAGGUUUCCUCUGCAGAUCUGACAACCAAUUUCCCGGCGACGUUGACGGAGACAAUCAGCGUUGAGGUGGCGAGGACGUCGACUACAAAGAGGACGAGUGCGCAGAAGAAGGCGCAGGAUGAGGUGUUGGUGAUCAGUGGGAUUAAGUAUGCCGGGAACGAGACGGUGAAGUUCGACGUGUAUGUGAAUGAUGAUGCUGAGUCUUUGGCCGGGAAGGACAAGUCGGAGUUUGCGGGGAGUUUCAUCCAUGUGCCGCAUAAAGGGAAUAAGGAUAUAACGACAACUCUGAGGCUGAGCAUUACAAAGUUGCUGGAGGAAUUGGAUGCGGAAACGGACAGUAGCGUGGUGGUGACUUUGGUGCCUAAAGUUGGGAAAGUCACAGUUGGUGGCUUCAGCACCGCGCUUAUUAAUACCACCUAAAUGAAAUUAAAUUAAAUCAAGUGAUGAUGAUGAUGAUUUAAUUAAGUAUUUUCGUGCAUUAAGUGUAUGUUUUAGUAGGUCACUUCUCCACUGCUGAGAGAGACCCACGUAACGUAACCCUCUACUGUUGCUUAUGUGUGGGGGGGUCGAUGUUUGUUUUUCUGAAUAAAACAUAUAUAUGGUCAUGAGUGUGUUUUUUUUUAUGUAUAAUGAAGAGCAAAUACAUGCUA